CAGGGGACGUCCUGCAGGCGACCAGCCAUAGAGGGCCGCAGAGGCAGGAUGAAGCCCUUGGCGGCGACGCAUUCUAGCCCCGGGCCUUCGCCGCCGACAGCGACUGCGGCGUAAGCGAGGACGAGGCACUGCCAAGGCCCCUCCACCAGAGAGGCGGAAAUGUCUAAUAAGGCCCUGGAGCAGAGGGUGCUCGGGUGAGGGCGAAGGAGGUGCUGCUGGCGGCGUGCGCGCGGUGGCGGCGGCGGCGGCGGCGGCGCAGCGGCAGUGUUGGAACCGAGUGCACUUUGACCGCAGCCAGACUAACAGCCAGGACGAUGCCAGUACAGAGCUGGUUUUGGAAGUAGUGAGUAUGCUUCAGAAAGCCUGAAAGUAGUAUGCAGGUUCAGAGACAAGUGAAUUAGCAAGAGACACAUCAGUUAACCAGAAGACUGUUCUUGUGCAGUGUCAGUGCAUAUCUCAUACUACCUUGAGAACAUUGUAAUUGUCCCUGCAAGUUGCCUUUAACGGCACAUUAAUUGCAAUCAUGGCAGCCCAAACUCACACAUCCGGAGACACUGAUAGUCCCUCAAGACGCAUUGUUGCCAAACCUGUGAAAACCAUCGUGCCUGCGGCAGAGGACUGUCCAUACACACAGUUCUACUGUGAGGAAAAUGUGUGGCGACUUUGUGAGUAUGUGCGGUGUCACGAGCCGUCAGAUCUGGUCAAGUGCCAUGUUGUCUUCAUCAGCAACGAGUCGCGGUGCGUGCCGUUGUGGAGACAGCGGAUGGGCAAGUCGGAGGAUAAGCUGGUCACUUGGGAUUAUUCUAACAUCUUCACAUGUGUUGCGCCGAGUGAAAAGGAUUACCACGUGGUGUUCAUGUACGAGCCUGACGAUCGGUGCCUUGUAUUUGACCUAGACUCUGACCUGCCCUUCCCCACCUAUUUCCACAAGUACGUGACCGAAACCCUCCGCACAGAUCACAUCCUCAGCCCAGAGCAUUACAGGUACUUCCGAGUAGUGCCAGCCUCUGUGUUCCUUCAGAAGUUUGCCAGCGACAGAAGGCAUAUGAGACGUGAGGAUGGAACCUGGAUCCAACCCCCUCCAUCAACACCACCAAUAUCCACACCUGAGUCAGUGCAUAACAUUGAUGACUUCAUUAGCAUGGAUCCCAAGCGAGGUUUUGGAACAGUAUACAACCUUCAAGAUUUUGUUCGCAGAUUCUAUAAGAAUCUGUAGUAUGUCCACAACGAAGUACUGUUAUGCUGUUACACUCCUAUGAAGACCUUUUUAAUGCACAGUUCACACAAUAACUUGUUUUACUAUUUUUAAAAUAGAAUAGCUUGUAUUUGUGAGAAAUGUUUUUAGCUGUCAAAUUCUUCUGAAUUAUUAUUCUUAUUUUUUCCAUUGUUUCAUAUUAGUACUGGUUUUCCCAAGUUUGCGAUGUUGAAGCGAUAUUGUUUUUUAAAGAUUCUCCUGGUAUAGAAAAAGCUAUUCAUUCAUGACAAGAGUUACUUAUAUCUUACUUCCACUAUUGAACAAUAUGUAAUUACUACUUCAGAAUAAAAUGUAGAUGUAUGGAUUUAUACAAAUUCCUUUGUGAGGCUUGUUUUUGGUAGUAGAUGAUUGUCAAAUGGUAUUAGCCAUUGAAUUGCAUCUGUGUUACUUGCAGUCAGUCUCCUUCUGAAAGUUAGAGAUUUGGUGAUUUUCAUUUGUAACAGCAUUGGUUUUUAAAAGAUUUUUAAUGCAUCUAAAAUGGUUCAUGUAAUGCAUCUCAGUGUUAGUGAUAUUUUCUGUAAUUGAUAGGAACAAAUAUAUAUUUUGAUAAAAAUAUUUACAGUUUAUUUUAUUUCAAACACAGCAUGACUUUGUGUAUACACAUAUAGUAUAUACAUUUCUUUCUUUUAAUUUACUUUUUAUAGUAGCUGUUAGGAAUUGCUAUAGGCCUUAUUGUCAAGGUCUUUACUGUAAUGCCAAGAACACAAAGAAAACCAGGAUUCUGUGUUUGUUAAUGAAUGUUUAGAAGGGAUUCUCUUUAGGUUUAUUAUUUCUUUCUGUUUGCUUGUUGAAUGAGGAUGCAAAUAAUAUUGACCAUACAGCUAUGACUUCUGGGUGACACAGUUGACUGCAUUGUAGAGGUUGUGUAAUGGUAGACCAAAAGGAAGGAAGCUUUUCUGGGAAAGUUCCUUGAUAUCUUGUAGCGACGUGAAAGCCAAGUUUUUUUGGUUUUUUCUUAUGCAAGUCACAAGCACAUCUUAUACCUUUUAUAAAUAAAAUCCUCAAAUUCUUAUGAUUAAAAAAUGAAGUUUGAGUAUUUAUGUGAAUAUUGCAUGUUUAUGUAAAUUAUUAGUCAGAUUAUAACAUUUUUUUGCUAAAAUGUAAUGUGGAAGUAACUUUUUUGGUAGCUACUCUUAAGUUUAAUGUUGUGUUGGAAAGUAGAGGGUAAAUCACUGUACUGGUUGCACAGUUGCUUUGGACGUAUUAUAUUAAUUUCUAACAUUAUCAACACAGCAAGUUAUUCUAGAAUAUACAUAUUUUCUUUAA